AGUUUCAAUCCCCUCUCCAGCUCAUAAUAACAAAUGAUCUUCUAGAUGCCACUCUUACGCAUACCAAAACUAUCAACACACGCCUGGCGAUUCAUCCCGCUCCUCUACACAACCAGCGCAAUCAUCCUCACCAGCUUCCUCAAACACGACCACAACGGCUCCAAUGACUCCACCGUAUCCAGAUACUUCGGACCAGGCGCAUUCUGGGCAUGGGUUAUGACUUCCAUCGUCAUUCUGGGCACCUACGAAGGACGCUUCUAUUUCACCUCGCCAUCAUCUGCACCUGACGAACUGGAUUCACUAUGGAAGUCAGAAUGGAAAGCAAUACUCCGCGAUGCCCAAGGCUGGGAUUACGGAAAUGAUAUCGAUAACUCUGCGGAGAUAUCGAAAAUAGAUAAAAAUAAGGGAGGAGAAGAUUUAUAUUCCAUAUAAAAUACUCUAUUAAUAUAUAUAAUAAGAUACUGAUUCCCACUAUGUUUGGUGAUGAACCAUCACCAUAAUUUCGCCUACUAUAACAUUACCAAAUAAUCCAAUAGUAACCUUUGCUCUGCUCCAACCAAUGUCUCCCAGUCAUCUACUUCGCCGAAGAGCUGAAGUGACCAGUCCCACUUUUUUUGACAGCGGAAAGCUAGAUAAUCAAUUCGGCCCUGCUUAGGGUAGUCCAUUGGAGGACUAAUUCAUCGAUGGUAUCCAACUCAUCACUGUUCCCU